AAGGAAUGAAAACGAAAGGCAAGUGAAUGAACUCCAAUUUAGAGACCAACAUCAAUAACAAAGCGAGACAAACCCGAGUGUAGGGAGCAGAGAAGGCAGACGGGACGGAGACGACGCGGAUAAACCAACUAGUUGAUCCCAGGAAACAAGAAAAAUAAGAAAUCAAGAAAUAACAAUAAAAAUAAACUUCGACCUGGCAUUAAUUGUAUUAGUCUACCUGGCAUUAAGAAAACGCGUUUUAUUCAGACUAACUGAAAAAAAAACUUGCACUGUUAGGCAAAAAAAAAUGCACUUGAAAUUACUGCAUGAAUUUGAAGUGGGAUGUUAAGAAUUUGGGGUUUGCAAAUCUGAGAUGAUUUCAUCGUAGGACAGGCGAUGAAAAAUGAAAAGCCCGUGAAAUUGAUUACGACUGCUUUCGCAGAUUUUAGUGCGCUUCAGUUGCGCGAAGGAAGUCGACGGCUUUGUGACUGUCUGGAUGAACUAUGCGAACCGUGUGAAUGCCGAAGUCACCUGCUUCUAGAGUCAACCCACAGCAGACUGAAGAGAAUCGAGGGCGAAUCCGAAGGCAAACAAUCACGCACAGAGCACAGACAGGAAACGCUCCAUGGUAGGACACUUACAAUCAUACAGUUGAGAAUUUAAUUUCCUCCCAUUAGAAGAACAUCAACAGAUACUACGCAAAGAAGCAGUUAGAUAAAGGAGCUCUUCUUUUUCUUUCAAAACUCGGUGCACGGUUAAACUAAACUCGCCUUCACAGAUACUUUGUAGAUACAUUCCAGUUGAAGAUGUUUAAGGGCGACUAAACUUCUGAUACAUACGCACGCACUUGAAGAAAAAAAGGAUCCGUAACUGGACCUUACUACAUUACAAUCACCCUCAUUUGGAGCGACAGUGGGAGAGCGAAGCUGCUCCGAACGCGGCGGGUGAAUGCAGGACCAUGCGGGAGAAAGACAGGUCGCCAGCAGUCUGUCCCACAGCACCAAGAUGAGCCUGUCUCCAGCCGGAGGGGGGGUUUGUAACGGCACGGUGGGCUGCUGCGAGGUGCCCAUCGAGGACAUGCAGGCUCUGGCCAUCAGCUCCCUCUCCGCCACCGACAUCCACAAGCACUACGAGCACAUCCGUGAGCUGGGCAAGGGCACCUACGGCAAGGUGGACCUGGUGGCACACCGCACACAGGGUACAAAACUGGCCCUGAAGUUUGUGAACAAGGAUAAGACCAAGCUGCGGAGUUUCCUGAGGGAGUACAGCAUCACCAGCGACCUCGGCUGCAGCCCUUUCAUCAUCAAGGUGCUGGAUGUGCUGUUUGAGACAGAGGACAGUUACGUCUUUGGCCAGGAGUACGCCCCCGCCGGAGACCUCUUUGACAUCAUCCCGCCCCAGGUGGGUCUGCCAGAGGAGAUGGUGAAGCGCUGCAUCCAGCAGCUGGGCCUGGCGCUGGACUUCAUGCACAGCAAGAGCCUGGUGCACCGCGACGUCAAGCCCGAGAACGUGCUGCUGUUCGACCGCGAGUGCCGACGCGUCAAGCUGGCCGACUUCGGCAUGACGCGGCGGGUGGGCUGCCGGGUGAAGCGCAUCAGCGGCACCAUCCCCUACACGGCGCCCGAGGUGUGCCAGGCCAGCCGCGCCGAGGGCUUCCUGGUGGACUGCAGCCUGGACGUGUGGGCCUUCGGGGUGCUCAUCUUCUGCAUGCUGACGGGGAACUUCCCCUGGGAGGCGGCGCUGCCCUCCGACGCCUUCUACGAGGAGUUCUGGCGCUGGCAGCGGGGCGCGGGCCGGCCGGGCGUGCUGCCCUCACAGUGGCGCCGCUUCACGGACGACGCGCUGCGCAUGUUCCAGCGCCUGCUCGCCGUGGAGCCCGAGAAGCGCUGUGGCGUCAAGGACGUCUUCUACUUCAUCAAGUACGAGCUGAUGAGCGAGGCGCGUCGCCGGGCCUCCUGCAGGAGGAAGCGUCCGGAGCGCGGCGCGGCGGCCUGCCCCGGCUCCUCCUCUUCCUCCUCGCGCUCCGGCCACAGACACCCCGAGCCCUCCGCCGCCCCGUCUGCCACCUGCCUCCGCCCCGCGCCAUUCAAGCGCAGCAUCCUGUCCGACCCGCACUCGCCCCGCGCGGAUCCCAGCAUGCACCACUCCCCUGGUCGCCAGGAGAAGGGCAAAGGCCAGAUGGUGAUGGCCACGGCAAUUGAGAUCUGCGUGUGAGGAAGGGAAGGAGGCGAGGUGGUGCAGUGUCUGCAUCGUGGGCUGGGGCACCUGUCACAGAAAAGCUACUACACCCUGCUGCAGACAGAAGCCUUACGGAGUGUGUGAUGACUAGAAGCUGAAGACCAAAUCUGGACUAACCCCAACCAGCACAUUACAUCUUAUUACAUUUUUAUUCAUUCAAUUUUAAGUGAACAAAAACUACUCAUUACACUCUUUUCUAAUCGCACGCAACGUCCAAAACUCAAGGCCCACCUUUGUGUUAACUGUUGGGUAUGAAAAGAAGUUCUGGAACAAGUCAUGCUGCAUCAAUAGUACACCACAACCUUUCACCCCUGGCCCUUCAUUCUAAGGCCUCUGGCUGACCUGUCAAUGUGUGGCGUUUCCUCAGCACAGUCCUGAAUCUCCGGUUCACGAUCCAGUUGAAGCUUUGGCUUGUAAGAGAUGCUCACACUGCCUACCUGCGAGGACUAGUGCUCUGUUUAUCUAUAAAUACAUGUACCCUGAGGAGGCCUUUGUCUAUGCGUAGAACACAAUGUCAUCUAUUCCAGGAGGGCCAGUGAUUCCAGGGGCAUGCUGACUUUGACUGACUUUUUUCUUAUCAGCUCUAAGCCUUCUCUGAUUUGCAAACUGCAAACACGGACCUUUGCCGUAGCAGGUGGGACAUGCUUAAAGAGGCUGAGGAGUGUGAGGCUUGAACGUACAGUAGCAGUUUCCCGGGAGAUGGGUGCCUCCUUUCUUUUGUGUUUUCUCAUGCUGUGUCUUAAGUGAGUCCAAGCGCAUGGACUCGGGCAACAAACUGCUCUAUAUCCUCUCUAGUCAAAGGAAUCUCAGGACUGUGUUCAGGAGCAGACUUCCUGUUCUGUUUUUCUCUGUAUAGGCUGUCGGAGAUCUACCUUUAUUUAACUACAUUCUGAAAUAGGAAAAGUUACAAACACCCACAUGUGCUCUUCAUAUGAAGUACCCAUGCUAGACCAAUACCCCAGGCUUGGAAGUGUCUCUAAAACUCUAUAAGGAUGUGAUUUCACAUCUUCUGGUGUGUGUGUAUGUGUGUGUGUGUGUGUGUGUGUGUGUGUGUAUGUGUGAGAGAGACUGCGG